GCGAGGUUCGUGUGAAGCUCCCUAUUAUGGCUUCCAGCGGGGUCCCGGUGAGCGCUGCUGACUCGGCUAACGAAACCCCCAAAAUACCAGACAAACUGGGAGAUUGGCUUCGGGGCAUCUACUGCUUUGCCACUGAUAGGAAUGACUUCCGGAGGAACUUGAUCCUCAGUUUGGGACUCUUCUCUGAGGGAGUUUGGCUGGUCAGGAACUUGAGUGACAUUAAACUCAUGGCACCUCAGCCAGGGGUGUAG